AAUGGAGCACCGCUGCUAGAAGUGGGAACAUCCAACGCAUGCUUAUUCGCGAGCCUAAUUCAAUAAAGCCCGUCACACACGAGACUAAUCUGCAACCGGGCUGAGGCUGGAACUAAGAAAGUCGUUGCGCACCAUACACUGAAUCGUACAUCUGUCGUGGCAUAUUUGCUGGCAUAUUUAUUUUUCAUCGCAAGUGGAAUACGACAGACUGACACUGAUGGGCUUGCUGUGUAUUUGGGCACUUCCUGUCCUGCUCGGAGCCUCUGUCUCUGUCUGCUGGCUGACUGAAGGGCGGAGGAGCAUGGAUACAGCAAACAGACCAGAGAACCCCUCCCAGGGACCACAGACCAGGAAGAGUGGACAUGCUGACGGGGUGGCCGAUCCAUUCCACUCUGGGUCAGACGGAGGACCCUGCAGGAGGACAUACUGUGGGAGGGGCCGCCAGUGUGUGCUGCUGGAGGUGACGGGCCGGGCAGAGUGUGUGUGCCAGGAGAAGUGUCGGCCCACCUUUGUGCCGGUGUGCGGCUCCGACGGCAGGUUCUACGAGAACCACUGUGAGGUGUACCGCACCGCCUGCCUGCAGAAGAGACGGAUCUACGUGGUGCACAGCAAGGACUGCUUCUUCAAAGGGGACCCGUGCACCAUGGCGGAGUACAACAAGCUGAAGAGUAUGCUGCUGGAUAUGCAGCCUAACGGCCUAACCGGCGGGGACAGGAACACGUUGAGAGACAUGGACCAGAAGAGAGCCCUGGUGGACACCAUGUUUAAGUACCUGGACAUGGACCAGGACGGCCGUCUGGGCAGUGACGAGUUGGCACAGAUCUCUAUGAAGGAGCACCUGGAGGACAGUCUGCUGGAGUGUACCAUGCAGGACCUGCUCCGCUACGAUGAUUACAACAACGACGGACACCUCACUCUGCACGAGUUCUACACUGCUUUUCAGGUUGUUCAGUUGAGCUUGGCUGAGGACCAGAGAAUGAGCAUCUCCACGGUAACGGUAGGCCUCAGCACCGUGCUGUCCUGUGCCAUCCAGGGGACGCUGCGGCCACCAAUCAUCUGGAAGAGGAAUGGGAUAAUACUCAACUUCCUGGACCUGGAGGAUAUCAAUGACUUCGGUGAUGACGGCUCCCUCUACAUCACCAAGGUGACAACCAUCCAUAUGGGGAACUACAGCUGUCAUGCGUAUGGAUAUGAAGAACUCUGCCAGACCCAUGUACUGCAGGUGAAUGUUCCCCCAGUGAUCCUGGUCUACCCAGAGACGCAGGCCCAGGAGCCUGGUGUGUCUGCCAGCCUGCACUGCCACGCCGACGGCAUCCCAGACCCUAAGAUUCUGUGGCUGAAGAACGGCAUGGACCUGCAGCCCAGACCCGCCAAGCAGCUCUCCCUCAUCGCGAAUGGGAGCGAGCUCCACAUUGGCAGCGUACGCUAUGAGGACACAGGAGCCUACACCUGCAUUGCGAAGAACGAGGUGGGGGUGGACGAGGACAUAUCGUCUCUGUUUGUGGAGGACUCAGCUAGAAAGACACUUGCAAACAUACUGUGGAGGGAGGAAGGUUUGAGCGUGGGAAACAUGUUCUAUGUGUUCUCUGAUGAGGGCAUCACCGUGCUACAGCCCAGCGAGUGUGAGAUACGUAAACACAUUGAGCACACAGAGAGGAUCGUGGCCAGCUAUGAGGAAAUGUGUCCUAAAAGUGAAGGUGUGUCCCCGCAACACUGUUCAUGGUCCUCAGCGGUCAGUGUGAGGGAUAAAUACAUCUAUGUCACCCAGCCCCUUCAGAAACGCCUGCUGCUCAUCGACACCCAGGCCCAGAAAGUGGUGCAGGCGGUAGAGACAGACCCUUUCCCGGUGAAGCUGCUCUAUGACAAGUCACAUGACCAGGUCUGGGUUCUAAGCUGGGGCAGCAUGGAGAAGUCCCACCCAACCUUACAGGUGAUUCCUCAGGCCAGUGUUGGUGAGGUGCACCACACCAUCCGCACCCCCUUCCAGAGGGUUGAUGACUUCUUCAUCCCUCCAACCAACCUCAUCAUCACUCACGUCAGGUUUGGCUUCGUCUUUCUCAAAUCUGAACCUGCGGUGCACAAGAUUGACUUAGAGACCUUCCACCGAGUCAAAACCAUCAGCCUGAAGACCUACAGCUGUGUGCCCGUCAGCAUGGCUUACACACACCUGAGUGGAUUCUACUUCAUCCAGUGCCAGUCUCAGAGCAGGGACCCCUCGUCAGCCCAGCCACAGCUCCUGAUCGACAGUGUCACCGACACCGUCAUUGGGCCCAACCUCAACAUCACGGGCCAGCCCUACGUGUCCCCGAACGGCCGCUACAUCGUUACCCCGGACCAGCAGAGCGGGAAGGUCAGAGUUCAGACAGUGUCCUUCCAGGGGGUGCUGGGUCUGAGCCGGGAAUUGGACACCUCCCUCCUUGUGUCCGACCUGGUCUUCCAGCCCUCCUUCACUGAGUCCAAUCAGUACACGGUGGUAGCUGCUUCUGGCUCAGGCAUGGACCUGGUUUUCUCUGACCUGGCGUCAGGCCACAGCGAGGUCCUCAAGAGCCUCAAGGAGCCCCUGUCACCCCACACCUGGCCCUGGGGGGGGGCCAACAGAGUGGUGGUGUCCAGCGGACUGUUUGGCCAGUACCUGGUCACACCCUCAGCGAAAUCCCUCUUUGUGUUGAACGGCAAACAGAAGACACCCCACUGCGAGGUGUCAGACAUCAAGAGAGGGAACACAGUGGUGUGGGUGGGAGAGGUAUGAGAAAGAGGGCAGAGAGAGAGAGAUAGAGAGAGAGAAAGAGAGAGAGAUCAGGCCAACACACUUAAGAUAUAUGUGGACAUAAGUGGACUCAACCCUAGGACUGAGUGAGAGGAACACAUGUCUAGGUUAUUGUAACAAAAAUACACAAAAAAUUGUAAUUGAAAAAAAAUAUUAAGAAAAUCCUAUUGUGAUAUUUUUACGGGGAGAAGGUGCGUGGGGAGGCCCUUCAGUGCAACAGUGAUCUAUGUGCACUUAACUGAGAGGAGUUAUGCAUUACAGCACUUCCUUGUAACACUGCAGAUACAUGUAACAGGAGAGGGAUAUAAUGAUGACGUUUUGAAAACAUUAACUAUGCACAAUGCUCACUUUUUUAGAGGAAAGCUUUUUGGUUUCAAGAUGUUUGUCGUUCACCAGUGCUGCAAAUAGUCACAACAAGAUGUCUGUCUGACUUUAGUGUAUACAUGUGUUUUCAGUCCUUUUCAAAACCACUGCUCUCUGUUAUUUGCCUUUGUCUGUGGAAAUGGUAUUGUACGCUUUUUCUAAAAGCUCUCAUCCUGACCAACACAUAUAGGUUACUUUAAAACACAUGUUGUACCCUAUAAAUCAUAACCUACUUUCAAAAAAGACCACGUUUCCAUCCAUUAGCUAAGAACAGUGGAUAUCUAAUAGAAAGCCUACAGUAGAAAACCCAUUAAAACAUGUUAUUGUACAAAGACUAGAUAUGGUACAGUAUACCAGCUCUUCCCCCUCCAUCUCACACAGUAAACCUACUUCCAGUUUUGAUCCGGUGACCUCCUAGUCCUCUGUCUACUAAAUCUAGCAUUGUAAGGAUCUUGUUCAUCAGCAUGGAGGUAUUGUAAGUCCUAUGUAUCUUGUUUCUGCCCUAUAGCUUGAUUCCUUCACACUCCAUGACUGAAAUCCAACUUCCCCUAAAGAAUAGCUCUUCCUAUUGCAGUAUUACUGGCUAGUGCUGUGUGCGACGAGCAAGUUACAGCAAAACAACACUAUCAAAAAAUACAUAAACCGAGAUAAUCAGAUUUGUUGUUCAUGUUUGUGAUUUAUAUAUUUGCUAAUAGUUUACUCAAGCAGAUACAGAAGCAAAGGCUUGAUUAUGUUUCCUAGACCACUGUUGCACUGAGAGAAAUGUGUGUAUUUCAGAAAGAGUGAGGCAGAGAUAUGUAAUAUAUAUUCAAAAAGCUCAAUUCGAAGCCCAAUUAUUUUGCAGAUGUCAUGGUAAAACAACAUUUCAGGAAUUACCAUAAAAAGCAUCAGGCACCCAGACCACAGUACCUAUCCUGCCACCAAUACAAAGUAACUUCAGAAUAAUUCAUACGAGUCACCACCAAAGGCUUCAUCAGGACUGAGUGUUCCAUAUGCAUGUCCUGAGAGUUGAGGCUCAUCACACUAAUGUUAUUUCAGAGCAAUCAAAGGUGCAUUGUCGACAAGGUCAUUUCCUCUUGAAUGACAUCUGCAGCAUUUACCGUAAAUGCGACCUCCGCGAUCAUCAGGAAAAUGUACUUUUAAAGGUUCAUUGUCACUGGUACAAUGUGCUUGUCGUCAACGCGCCUCUGAUUGAAUCCCGGCCUUCGAGUGCACAGGAUCACAUACUGUACAUUGCAUACAUUUUCUCUAACCAAGACCCUGGCUGUAGACCAAACCUCUUGGUGUGAUGUUGACAUUAGAGAUACUGUUGUAGAUAUACAUUGUUCUUAGUUAGAUUAGAACACAUUCAAACAUGAACUGUAGAGUUUUCUUUAUGCAUUUCCUGUAUUCUGGUUUUUGAGGGAAAUGGUUUGUUAAAAAAAUCUAAUAAAAUGACCAAAAAAAGCUUGCAGCUGUGUCACACUAUAAAUUACUUUGAACAUAAAAUAUAUAAAUAUUCAGGGACAAAUUUCCACCAAACACAUACAUCUGUUGCUAAGGUGAGGCCUAACUAUGGUACAAAACUCCAAACUGUUCAUUUUACUGUGUAUGUAUUUGAAUGUUACAUGAAAUUGUUUGUUUGUUGAUGUUUGGGCUCUGGAGUUGGCUCUUUUUGCGGAGCAGUUUCACAUUUCAAAUGGGUAUCCUGACACCUGGACAGCACGGCUCUGAAAAUGUUACAAUAUUCUUCUUCGAUCCAAAGCCCAAUUGAGACAGUGUAGCUUUCUGUCUGAAACCAGGCAAGAGUAAUUUCUAACUGUGGAGUGCCAUUUGUAGUGCUCAGAAGAGUGGCACGGACCAGUCAAUGAUAAACAUUGUUUUUUCUGUUGAGUCAGGAUGUGGUAAUAGGUUUUGAGUUGCCCCCCCACCCCUCAAAAUAAUAGCUCAAGACCCUUUUGAGAUUUGAGACAUUGACUAAACACUAAGAAUAUAUCAGCACUGUGGUGAUAGUUGGCUGAAACAUGUAUCUUUGUUACCAUCCCUAAGACCUGGCUAAUGAAAAACAAGCUGUACCUGCGUCUACAUCUCAUAUUGUAAACAGAGCUGCACAGUCCUUUAAGAACUAAAACAGAGCUGCACAGUCCUUUAAGAACUCAAACAGAGCUGCACAGUCCUUUAAGAACUACAACAGAGCUGCACAGUCCUUUAAGAACUCAAACAGAGCUGCACAGUCCUUUAAGAACUACAACAAAGCUGCACAGUCCUUUAAGAACUCAAACAGAGCUGCACAGUCCUUUAAGAACUACAACAGAGCUGCACAGUCCUUUAAGAACUCAAAGUUCUUAUCAGAUAUGAAUUAAUACAUGCUCAACUAAGUGGAUUCAAAUCAGCAGAUAUGUCACUUUUCUUUUAAAUUAAUAUCAACAACACAAGAUGCCUAAAUUAGAAGAUACAUGUGUGCUGUUCUAAGAUCUUUAGUAACCUAGGUAACCUUAAAGGCUUUUAGCUGUAUCCGUGCUGGUUUAUCUCUAUGCAACACAUUCUCAUUGUUAAGGCAAUUACUGUUGUAUGAUGUAUGUGUUUUGUGAGCAUAAUCCUGUACGUUACAUCAGCAUUUUCUGUAGUGAGUGAAUUUUUCCCAAGAAGACAUUAAAACCUGAGUUUGGGUGUUUAAACGGAUAAUUUCUCAUCCAAUUGUUAAGUCCACUGAUCAUUCUUGUUGUCCACUCACAAACUGUGAAGGGAUGGUUCCUUCAAUGUUUCCUCCACACCUUUCCAUGACAAUGUGUGUCUUAAUCUUCCAUUCAAAUUAUUAUCAAGAUUUUGUUAAUAACGUUCUCUCUGGUCUUUGUUCGAUUUUGAUGUACAGUCGGUAACAAUUUGGCCGCAUAUGGAUGAUUUGAUUCCAUAUUUAAAAAAAAUGUAUUCGGAGAAACGUUUUAAUAUUUUUUAGUUGAAUCACCGGAACUGAAAUGUAAUGAACAGGUGUCUAUACCCCAUAUUAUCCACAGACAAGACCCAGCUCACCAGUGAUGUAUUUGAAUUAGCAUUGACUGUAAGGAUAAGACAUCAAUUGUAUUGUGUUGCCUGGGAUGUAACUUUUCUUUCCCCUUAGUUUUACAAUAAAAUAUGAAAAUUAAGUACUUACCAA